AUUUUUAAUUCAUCCAUGAAUCACAUUCAAGAAUUUAAUAUGCAUCUCCAUUUAGUGGAUCAAAUGAGGCGCACAAUCAAAAGAAAGAAACUUUAUGAGCUAGCACAUAAAUUAUGGACUUUAUUUGAUUCUUUUCUUGUUAACCAUUGAGUGAAAAUAAUUACUAUUAAUAUUAUCAAAAAGGAUAAUCAUACUAUUUGGAUUUAGUCUUUGAACCAUGAUGCACAUGUAUUUAUUAAAUAAAAAAAGGAAAAAAGAAAAGAAAAAAGCUUUGGGUAUGAUGAAGAAGAAAAUAAAAUAUUGAAGAAAAGAAUCAAAAAGGUAUGAAGAGAAGUGGGCAAGAUUUGAAAAUUCAUGGGCCAGCCUGAACACAUAAAACAAGAGUUAACGUCUAUAAUGGCAUCAAUGGCAAUUUGAGAAAUAAAAUAACAAGAAAGAGGGGAAACUUACAAAAAGGUGGAAUAGAAUAGAAUUAAAAAAAGCAAGAGGAACUCUUCUCUCUCAGACCCACCACUUCAAUUUUCAAAUCAAAGAAAAAAGAUAAAAAUCAUUUCUUUCAAAAAAAAAAAAUUAAUUCAAAUAAUUCUCUUCCACCCACAUGAAUCAAUCAUCAUCCUCAUCAAAAACCCAUUACCAGAAAUCCUUAACUGCUGCAUGGCAAGAUUCCAUAAUGCAAGACAAGAAAAAGAAGCAGGAACGGAGGAGGAGGUCAAGAAACCCGUUUCAAGAUCUCAAUAACCGUGGCUUUCUUAACACCUGCAACAACAACAAUAGCAGUGAUAGUAUUAGUAAUGCUUCUUCCGUGUCCUCCAUUGAAGCUCCUAAGGGUUGCCUCAGGUUCUUUCUUUCUCACACUUCUUCUGCAAAACCUCCUUUUAGUAGUAGCAGCAGCAGCAGUAAUAAUAAUAAUAAAAUACCCACUAGAGAAAAACUCAUUUCCACUCCUAAGUCAGCACCUAACAUGAGACCUGCAAAGGAGAACUCUUUAAAAAGAUCCAUUUUUCAUAAACCCAUUUCACAAAAGUCUGAGAACGUUAAGAGAAAUCCUCCUAAAUCUGGGAGAAAGAAUGAUUCCAGUUUGAGUAAUGUUCCAAGUUUGAAACUUUCUUCAGUUUUGAACAGUAGUGGCAGUUCUGAAAAUAAAGUGAACUCUGGUUGUAGAGAAGUGAAAGUAAAACAGUUGGUAGUUGAUAAAGUUAGUGACUCUGAUGCAUUAAAUUUUACUCCUUUGAGUAAGGUGGUAACUGGGUCUGGUUUGAAUCUUGCUGUUGAUAGUAAGGUUAUGAUUGAUGAUGAUGACGAGAAAUUAAAAAGUAUUAGUAAUACUAACACAAAUUCAACAAGCAGCAAUACUAAGACUCCUCCAGUUCAGGCCUCAGUAUCUCCAGAAAUACAGUGUGGGUCAUCCAUGGUGUCAUCAACAACAGCAAAAACAAUAACACCUGUGUGUUAUGGUGCUGGUUAUGUUGUUUCAGGGGUUAUUGACAAGAGGAAGUGUAGGCCUAGAGGGAUACUCACUGUAGGAGAAGCUAAGCCUCUUGAUUGUUUUGAUAGUGAUGAUGAGUCUGAAAAGGAGAAUACUCCAGAUCCUGUCAACAAUUCUAGAGUUCCCAUGUUGCCUUUGCCUACUGAGGCUUCAAUGCGCUGGCUUUUAUCACCCUGCAACGAAGAGGAUGAGGAUCACAAAGAAAAUUCUGAAGAAGUUACAUGUCGUUUCCAGACAUUGGAGGAGAGUGCCAUCCACAAUUUUCCUGCUUCUCCUUUGUCCGGCAAUGAUGCUUUUUCACCAGAUGUAUUCAAUAACAGCACUGACAGAAGUACUUCUACUGCUAAUGCUAGGAGGAAGACAAGGAUUUCUCCUUUGCUUUCUCCAAUUGGAGGAUUUAUGGGGCCUCCAUUGUACGAUAAUACAGCUAGAGCUGUUUUAUGUUCAGGAAAAGAGAGGAAGAACUGCUUUGAUCUUUAUCAGGAGAAAUCCCCAGUCUCCAUAGAUUCUUUGGGUAGUGGAAAUAUAAUUCAAACCCCCCAAUCUGACACUAGCAUGGACAAACGAGUUGGUAUAUCCUGGUUAAAUGCAGAUGAUGGUAGAGAGAAUGAUAACAUUGAUUGCGAGCUCAAUUCUAUGUCUGAGCAUCUUCAGAUGGCUUGUUUAUCUCCCAGGAGCCAUGUGUCAAUGUGGGAUCCAACCAGUUCAAGUUUUCAGUUCGAUUGUUUGACAACCCCUUCCAAUUCUACUGAUCUUUCCCAUUUUCAGAAAAUUUUAGAUGAUCGAGCGUCUUGGUAUUCUAAUUCCACAAUGGGAAAUAUGUCAGAGUCUCAAAUGAGAAUAUCAUGGAGGGAAGGAUUGGUUAGUCGGAUCUUUGAGAUGGAUGAAUUUGAUUCUUGCAGAUGCUUAUCAGAUGAAGAAGAUGAUGCCAAUGCUGAUGGCUGCAAAGAUGACUGCUUAAAAUUUCAGUGUUGUCCCGAUCUCGAUGUUCAUGCGGUGAAUGAGCAACUUUCAACUAAUGGGUCUGGAUGUACCAUAUUUGUAGACAGUGGACAUGGAGUUGAUGGAAAAGCCAAGGAGGAAAUUCCACCCCAGGUACCAAGUUGUGCAGAGUCUAUAAGCACUGAUGGGGGUAGUUUGGUUCGAUCGGAGGAUUCAGAUUGGACAAUAUGCUACAAAAAUCAAUUGUUUCAAUUAUAAUGAUUAACGUCUUCUUUAUUCCUUUUAGCUCAAGUAGAAUAAGGCUAGUUAACAUCAGGUAGAAAACGGUUCUUAAGGACCACCAUUGUACUGUAUUUGUUCCUAAUCUGUAUCUGAGUUGUGUUCUGAUUUUCUUAUUUUAGGAUGA